CGUUGCCAUGGCUACCGCAACCCGGAAGUGCCCCGCGCUGGGCGCCAUGGCCUGAAGUCGGUCCCGCCGCCCCCUGAGGCCGCCCGCCCGCUAUGGCCCGCGGGGGCGGCGAGGCGGCCGCGGAAGGGGAGCUGGUAAGGAGCGGGCAGCGAGGGGAGGAGAGCAGCCCGGGUACGGGGCUGCCUGUGGGGCCGCGGCAGAGCCCGGAGCCCUCUCAGGAUCGUCAGACCGACGAGGGAGAUGACAGCUUGUCUGUGAUAACCUGUGAAUCAGAUGAAGAAAUGAAAUUAAAGAAGAAGAUCUUUCACAAGCCUCCAAAGUCACCAAAGUCUCCGUACAGCUCUAGCACACAACUGUAUCCUAAAAAAGCUGCAGUUUGGAGAUCUCUACAGGGGACGGGCAAUGCACAUUUUGAGAGUGCAGCUAUAAGAAACCCAAAGCAGAUGUGGCUGGGAUCACUGAAACAAGGAAUGAGCCAUUGCCUGAAAUCAGAUGUUGACAUGAGACAUACGCGAGCUGGCAUUUCUAGUAGCACUCCGGAGUAUUUGAAGGAAGCUCUAGGAAUGAAGAAGCCCAAACAUUCCCGUUCUUCUAGUAAUGGCUACAUUCCUGGAACUCCUGACUACAAGGAGAAAGAAGAUAUGUAUGAUGAAAUUAUAGAAUUGAAAAAGAUAAUACAAGCUCAGAAAAAUGAAGGAAAUCGAAUGAAAACUAAGCUCCGUCGACUAGAAGAGGAGAAUAACAGAAAGGAUAAACAGAUUGAGCAACUGUUGGAUCCUUCCAGGGGCUCUGAGCUGGCACGAGCUUUGUCAGCGAAGAAGGCUGAUAAUGGAUGGGUGGUUAGUGGAUUAAAACAGAAGAUUUUCAAGCUAGAACAACAGUGCAAGGAGAAAGACAACACUAUCAACGAAUUCCAGUCAGACUUGAAGACCACUAAUUUGGAAGAAAUGAGGAUAGCUAUGGAGACCUACUGCGAAGAGGUUCAUCGUCUCCAAAUCCUCCUGGCAAAAUCUGAGACUAUGAAGAAAAAUGCAGAGGGCAGAGAUACCCAAAAACGGCUCAAGACACUGAAUGCUGCUGUCCUGAGGUUGUCCCGGAAUAUCAAGGAACUGCAGAAUGAGAAUCGAUGUCUGAAAGAAGAUCUAGAUCACAUACUGAGCAGUUCUGCAUCCAGUAAAACAAAAAAUUAUAGUGAAUGGAGCAGGCAGAGGCUUAUGAGGCGGAUUUUGGAACUAGAAAAGAAAGUAGGUGACAUGGAGAACACCAGAGUGUCAUCAGCAGAUAGCGAGUCAUCACAGUUACUUGGUGUGUCAUCUUCACCUUCUACAGACCCAAGUCAUCCAGCCUCUCAACAGGUGGAUCACAUUGAGGAAUGCUGUCGUCUCCGAGGGCUAGUGAAGAAACUGAAGAGUGAUAGGAGUGCUCUUCAAAGUCUCCUACUUAGCAAAGAAUUAGACAUCAAGCAGUUACUUCAGGCUAAGGCUGAAACAGAGCUGGAGCUGCAGAAGUACCAGAAUAACAAGGAAGAAAGCACUAUGGAAGAGCAGACUUUAAGUGGGGAAAUGCAGAGCCUUACACAGAAAGUAGGGAAAUCACAGUCAAAAUUGGAGGAAGAGGAGAGACAAAUGACAGAAGAUGCAUUAGAGGAACUUAAUAAGUGUUCACCAGUCUGCACAGUUAAAGGUGAAGAAGAUUGCAAGAGGGAGCAAGCAGCCAAAUGUAUCCAGAGAUGGUGGAGGUUGUACCUGAACAAGAAGGAAGAAAUUGCUCUGGAUGAGGCAGUUGUUGUGCUUCAGGCAGCUUUCAGAGGACACCUAGCUCGACAGAAGCUGCUACUGAGUAGUGGGCUGCAUGAUGCCAAAUCUUACAACAGGCAAAGCCUUGGAAGAAAGAACUCCUGUGUGCCUCAUGUGUCAAGCUCCUUGAGCUCAUCUUCUCUCUGCAAGGAGAAAGAGAAGAUUGUGACAUUCAUCCAGUCUGUUUUCAGGGCUCACUUAACACGUAGAGUGCUGCUUGAGGAAAGGCCCUCUGUGUCUAGUGCAACAAGUGAGAAAACAGAUUCUGCUGUCUGCAUUACAGAGGAGAAACCAGUCUCAGCAGCACUCCAGAGAACUUCAACCAGCAUGUCAUCUCUUCCUGUUAUUUCAGCCGGGUCCUGUGAGGAGCAGCCCACUCCCUCUGUGUCUGUGGAUGGAGCUCACUCGGACGAUUCGGAUGAUAUUGUCAUUGUCUCUCCAUCAUUGCGGACCAAGAAAACCUCCACCCGCUUCUGUAAUGGGCUCUGAUCUUGAGUUAUUUGAUUCACAAACAAAGGUAUUUCCAGCAAGGUAAAGCAUAUCAAAGACAAACAAAGGGGUAACAGUAGCUCGCAGCUGUCUUUUUUUGUUGGUUUUUUUCCAGCUGUGGAUGAGUAGUUGUUUGGUAUGUCAUCUCUGCAGACAUAUGGCUAAAAGGUGCUGACUGACUGUUACCUUUACCCCCGUGGUACAAAGUGAGAGUCUGGAUUUUAAAAAUACUACACCAAAGCACUUGAAUUUGUGAGGUAGAACGUGAAAUUGACAGAUUUAAAUGAAAGCAGCAAAGACUUAAGACGUUUUAUAGAAUCAUAGAUUUGUUUGUGUUGGAAGGGAGCUUUAAAGGCCUUCUAGUCCAACUGCCCUGCAGUGAACAGGGACACCUACAACUCCAUCAGGUGCUCAGAGCAUUUCACAUCAAAGUCUUUCAAGUUGACUAAGAUACUUUGUUUAAUUGGAAAGCUAAAAAUGACUUAGCCCCAAUUUUCAGCCUGUGUAUGUGAAGGGGAACAGCUUGUAUUUGCUAUGAGGUCCUCUAUGUUUAAAAAUUUUAUUGUCAUAUUUCAAUAUGUAUUUUUCUCUUUUUACACUAAACAGUUGCAGCCUUUGCAGAAAUGUAAAGUCAUUUCUGUCAUAGUACUACUCUAGGCCUGCUGCAUCUGCAGUUUUCUUAUUUAUUACUUUUUCCCUGUGUGUUUGCUAUAGUAUGUAUUGUACUGCUUUGUAUGUGAAAUCUCUGAUCAUGUAAACACUUCUUUUUUUCUGUUUGUCAGAGAAGGGACGUAAUAGCAGGAGUGUUCUGUGAAGGGUGUCCUUGUGACUAGUACUUCUGCUUACAUAGUGCAAAUGCAAGUGGAUUGUGCAAAAUGCAAGAUGCACGUGUGCGAGUGGCACGCGUGAGGGAUGAGUCUGCAAGUGUUUGAUGUAGAAGAUAUCAUGCUUUAUGUCCUGUUUUAGCUUACAUCACUGGAUUGCCUGAAACUCACCUAGCUGGAUUGCUCAUACACUGAGCACUGAGGAGUUUUAAGUUUGUUUCUUUGCUGUUGAUCUCUGCUCUCUGCACUACCUGUGUGUGUGUGUGUGUGUGUGUGUGUGUGUGUGUGCGUGUGUGCACAUUAGCAGUACAUGCUGCAAAUGCACCCUCAGUCCAAUUGUAGGCAGGGAGAAGGGUCACAGUGUGCAGCCAUCUUCUGUCCUUAGCUGUGAGGCUUAUGCUGGAAAGCAUGGCACUAUGCACUCUAUUCUGAGGGCUGUGCAUGGGGAUGGGUACAAUAUCCCACACAGCUUGAACAGAAGCAGUAUGAGCAGUUGGCUUAUAGUCAUCAAGACACCCAGAAAUAAUAACACCAAUUGACAGUAUCUUUAGCAGACUUCAUGAAGGGGGCAAUGACAUAGUGGGCUGUGGAGAACAUGGUCAGAGGAGUCUUUCCAUAUCUUUUACACGAACUGUACCUCUUCUUGACUAGAAGGAGGACCUUAUAUUCCAGGCUAUCAUUCCAACAUCUUUCAAAGGCAUUAAAAUGCAUUUUGUUUUGUUUUGUAAAAGGUGAAUCAGGUAAAUUAUGUAAUAUCUACUGGAAGGAAAAUGUAUUUUACAAACGCACAGUAAAGUUUUUGAGGAGACCCUAAUGGUUUCUUUGUCAUCAAGGAGUAAUAAAGUCUCCUGUAAACAGAAAGCACACUCUUAAAUAGAAGAUUUUUAUCACCUUUUCCUUCUUCUUUUUUAAAUUAAAAAUCAGUCACUGCUGUUUUGCAGAAUACUAAUAACUCGGAGCUGUCUCAGUUCUCUGAUUUCAAUGAAGCACUAUCUGAGCUUAUCGUAGUUCAUGCCAGUUCUUGCAGCCAAAGAGGAAACUGGAUGGCUGCAGCACAAUGCAGCUGAUUUCGUUUAAUCCCAGCAGUAGAAGUGCUGCCUUUGCUUUUUCCAGAGGCAGUUUUGAGGGCUCUCCAUACCCAAAGCAGGCUGAAGAAUGUCAUUUAUACUCAAGUUGGGUAAAUUUUUCCUGCUGGCACUUUGGUCACAUGGCUGCUAUCUGCAGAAAGGAUGAAAAAGGGCAUAUAAAAUAAAAGAAUAAAAGGGAUAAAAUCCUCUUGGCAGAAGCCUAGACCUGUUUCCCUCUAUUGCUGAAAGUCAUGUUAUUAAAAAAAAAAAAAAGUCAUUUUGCUAAACAGAAGCAGAACUGUAGUGAGUUGCUUAUGUAUAAUAUUUCAAGUCUGUGAGUGUCAUGGAUACCUCCAGAGAGAGGGUAACUAGAGCUGAGGGCUGACACAUUAAGGAGAGAAUAUGUAGUGUGUGUCAGGACCAGGUCUGAUAUAAAGUACCCACCUAACUGUUACCCUACAGGGAAAUACUUGGACAACAAAUUUAAUGAAGUUGGCAUUUAAUUUAUUGUGCUGUAAUAAAGAACCAAUAUGAAAGUCUCGGGAAAUGGAUACGGAGUUGAAAGACUUCUGUUCUAACUGAGCGUAUGGCCAGCAGUAGUGCUGUCGAGAGCUGAGUUCCAGGAUAAAGGGGAGACAGUCACUUUGUGUGACCCAGAGUCACUAAGGGAAGUGUGGAAAGGAGCGAAUGUCUUCUGGGGUGAAUGAAAAUGCACCUGGAGCUUCAUAAAUUCAAGCCUGCUGUCUGAAAGCCAUAACAAAUCUGAUGCUUCCUCUGAGGAGGCUUCAAACUCAUAGCUCUGAAAGAUAACACGCAGCACGUGAAAGUUUGGUGUACACUAGAAAGAGAAAUCUCCACAGUGUGAAUAGCCUGUAGGUCUGGGAAGAGGCAUGGAGAAGCAAAGGAAGCAAAUGUUAAUUUCAGAGGAAAUGGCAUUUUUCCUUUCCUCAGCUCAGCAGGGAACUAAGGAUGGUCAAAAUCUGUGUGGCUCAAACCUCUCAAGCCAGGCUUGAUACAGACAUCUCGUGUCUGAAAAACACAUCCUCUGCAGAAAGCACUGGGAACCUUGCAGGGGCAUCAAGGCCCUGAAUUAAAAGUAAACCCCACUGUAACCUCCCUAACAGCACACUUUCCGUUCUGUGUGGGAUAAUGUUGCCUACUUAAAACCCUGUGCAGUUUACAGUCCUCUCUGCAGGUAGCUAUCAGGUGUGAAUAGAGAGAUCUCUCACGUGAUUUGAUCUCUCUCGAUCUCUUUCCAUCCUUAAGUGCCUAUGCCUGCAAAUAUUUUACUGAGGCAUCAAAACCUGAAAGAUGUAAUAUUUCCUACAUAGCUAUGCAAAUAAUCCCUAGAUGGGCAGCUUUUUAUAUAGAUGAAAUGGAAAACUAUUCAUCUUGGCGUAUCAGGAAGCCAGUCAUUUGUACGAUCACUUUAAUAAUUAGAACUGUGCAAACCUUGUGCGUAAGUUAUUUUGAGAUCUCUUUAAAAGCUAAAACAAUGGCAAUGUAUUUUCUCCUGACUGUUGAACUUUCAAAUAAAGCUCAAGUUUGUAAAUUAA